CUCCAAUACACAAAUUAACCCACGCUUCAGGAUAAAGCAUUUCCUGCAGCAGGACGUCGCGGAGGCCAGCCGGGCGUUGCGCAUGCUUGUGCGACGUGGGUUUUCUUCCUACCCGAUGUUGGUCAGACAUAGACCUUUCCGUUUGGUCAUCAAUUGAACUGCCGACGUCGCCGCCUAAAUACAAUUAAUCUACAAACAAAGUAACAACGUUGAUCAAGAUUACAGUUCCUUAUCAGCAAUAGGCCUUGGCCAUGUGGGAAAGAUAUUGGCAGCAUGAGGGGACAAAACAUGUCCUCGUCAAUAAAGCCCACAUGCACCCGCAUUCUCCGACACGUCUGAGAGGGCGAAGUGGUUCGAACUUUAAACUUUCCACCCUCUUUGACGACUCGGUUUUGUUUACAUCACCUCUUCAUCGACAAAGAUGCUUCUUAGAGCAAUCGCCCUGACCCUGGGCGCGACCCUAACGGGUCACCUCGCCUCCGCCCAGCCCCCCGGUAUCGUCAUCCCCCCCAUGAUGCGCUUCGCCUGCUCCCAGCUCGUCGUCGACCGAAUCGACCCCCUUGUCAACCCCGGCUCUGUCCCCUCCCCCCAUCUCCACCAAAUUGUUGGUGGCAACUCCUUCCGCCCAGAUAUGACCCACCCUAACCACGAUCUGGUCUCAAAUUCAACCUGCACAAGCUGCACCUUCACCGAGGAUCUCUCCAACUACUGGACUGCAGUGCUGUUCUUCCGUGCCCGAAACGGCACCUACAAACGUGUGCCACAACACCAAGAAGAAGGGCUCCGUGGCAAUGGCGGUAUUACAGUCUACUAUAUCCCGUCAACUACCAUCACCACUCCGGGCACGGUCAAGGCUUUCAAGCCCGGCUUCAGAAUGCUAGUGGGCGAUGCCGCUAAGAAGGAGGGUCCAGACGCAGGGCCGGCGCCGGUCAAGGUGUGCCAUAGGUGUAUGCCCGAGUCUGGGGACAACAGAAACCUCAACUGCGCGUCGCCAGAUACGGAGAAGCUUCCCAGCAAGCCCUGUGUGGGAGGGAUCCGAUCGGUGAUUACUUUCCCAACAUGCUGGGAUGGCGUCAAUCUCGAUAGCCCGGAUCAUAUGAGUCAUGUUGCUUAUGCAAAGGGUGCUGGGGCGUACGAUGUUGGUCCGACUGGCAAUUGUCCUGACACACAUCCGGUGGUGAUUCCUCAGGUUAUGUAUGAGGUUAGGUGGAGGACCGACCUCUUCAGCGAUCCUGACCUCUGGCCGGAGGACGGAUCCCAGCCGUUUGUCUGGUCCACCGGAGACGAAAAGGGUUUCUCCCAGCAUGGUGACUACGUGUUUGGAUGGAAAGAAGACGCUUUACAGCGUGCUAUGGAUGCCCGAUGUACCAUGGAUGUGUGUGACGUUUUGGAGACGCAGACUCCAGAGGAGGCGGUCAAGUGCACCGUGCCGCCGCGUGUUGAUGAGGACUAUGAGGGGUGGUUGACGAGUUUACCUGGGGAGGUGUUGUAGCAAUGAUGUUUUGGUCAUCCGGAGAGCCACCUAGCAAGGUAUCUGCAAGGUAGUUAGUAGCAAGUAGAAGUUGGUUCGAAAUCAUAAUCGUCUCCUUAGUUGGAUA